AAGGAAGAUACCAACGCAACACCGACUACGACUCGCCUCGGGGUGAUAUCCGUAACUCAUUGGUCGUGAAUAUCAUUUCUCAGUCCAAAUCAUCCUCGAAGCGAAUCAGCACCGCCAGCGCCGUAGACACGUGCCGUACCCCGUAUACAAACGAUCGUCUCCAUUCGUCUCGAUUGUGCAAAGAAAGUGCAACUUUGGGCUUUGCUUGAGCAGCGAUGAACCCGAGAGCCUCUGGGUGCUAAAAUUAUUGAAGUUCUGUGAGGGACGGUAAAUUGCACCUUACCUCGAUGCAUUGUUGACGCGUCACACCACCCCGUGCGCUCCGUGUCUCAUCAUUCACGUGUGUGUGUGUGUGUGUGUGUGUGUGUGUGUUUGUGCGUGUGUCAUCAAAUCGAUCGAAAUCGUUGACGAAAUAAGAGACAGCGGAAGAAAGCGACGACGACCUUCCUCCACCAGACGACAAAGAGCAGAGGGAGGUUUUCGUGUUGUGAAGGUAGAAAAAAAAUAACAAACUUUCCAACCUCAGUAGCAGAAGGUUCGCGGAUGUGUAUGUGUGCAUGUAAGUGUGUGUGAUCCCACGCAGAACGACUAAGGUGGAACCUCAGUUUGCUGCGCUAGGCGAGAAACGCGAAUAUUCCCACAAUUGGUGCAAGAAUUGGCAGUGCAAUCGCAAAGAGAGUGGAGCAGACAGCGGAAGUGUUGUGAAAAGCUGCCGACCAGCACACUGCCAGUAACGCAAUGGAGCUAACGCCGGAAGAGAUUCGGGCACGACGAUUAAGAAAGUUGGGAGCAAAAACCACUAAAAAUGUGGCCAACAGUAAUGCUCCGUCGACUGAGGACGGCAAUUCCACAUCGCAAGCCACUACUAGCAAUAGUGGCAGCAGCAGCACCACCACUACUACUACCUCUGUGGAACUAGAAAAAGUAGCAGAUUCUCAACAAAUGCCAACGACAGUAGCGCCGAUCGGUCCGGGCAAAGCGGACACGGUGCCGAUGGAGAGCAGCAACAGCGACACUGUCGGGAGUAGCAGUAGUCUCACCGGGAGUAACGCCGCCGAUCCCAAGACGGAUCUGAUUCUGCCGGAUAAAAUUGAAGCCUCACUCAUGCUGGGCCUCGAAGUGGCGGAACAAUCCCAACAGCAGCAGCAAAAAGCACGCUCCGUGCUAGUAGCGUCCUCCGUGUCGGCGUCAACAGCGAGUGCGGCACUGCGAAAAAAGCCAAUCCCGUCGUCGGUGGUGGCCCCCUCGACGACAGCACCAGUCAACACGUGGGCAGUGAAGAAACGAUCCUCUUCCGACCACUGCGCCACGAAACCGGAUGGAGCGGAUCAUCAUCCCAACAGCACGGAGGGCAACACGCUUGACCCGAAGACGCACUGCGAACAGGACAGCCGCGUGUCGGCGCAGGACGAACUGCUGCAGAUUAUGCUGCGAAUCAUGAAGAUCAACAGCAAGGCGCGUUACUCCAAUUCCCGCUUCACGAUCGAGGCGAAUGUGUUGGAAAAUGCGCUCGAAAUGCUGGACCGUCAGCGUUACGACGAGUUCUGCGCGGAGGUAAUUGUGGAGGUCGUUAAAGGCAUCUACUAUGGCAAGCUGAUUGAAUCGCACGGCGAGGACAGCGAUGCGGGCCGUCUGUCGGACAGCUGGAGUACGAUUCCGAGCAAAAAGGUGAAACCGAUCAUGCUGGACGAGGUGGUGAUUGGGCGCAGUGGUCGCAGCGGCAGCAGUGGCAUGGCUGCAGGCAGCACCGCCACCCCGAUGGACAUCGACAUCGAGAUGCAGCCGGAAGAGGACGCACCGGGCUACUGCUCGUCGAAGCCGUCGAUGAAAGCGUUCGCCAACAAUCGUGUGGCCGCGCUGGAGUACCUUAUCGGCUGCUACCUGCGCUCGAACGAAGAGCUGUACAGCUACACGAAGGUGAAGAAAAGCAAAAAGAUGUAUCUGGCCGAGACGCUGCCCAGCGUGGUGUCGGUGAUACGGCAGCAGACGCUCAAGUACGCAAUACUCGUGCUGAAGAAUACCUUCCAGAGCUUCUGCCAGCCGGACGGUGGCAGUGUGGAGAGUGGUGGCAGCAGUGGCGGUGCAAUUAAUAGCAGCAGCAGCACCGGCGGCAGCACCAGCAGCAGCACCAGCAAAACAACAGCCGGUAGUACCGCGUUGGAAAAGUCGCCCCUGCUGACGCUGAUGUACGAGAACAAAGUGUCGGCCGACUUUAUGUCCAACCUGAUGGCGGAAAGCCGCAAAUCGGACGGCGAGGAGGAUUUCCGCAUCAUCUUCAAUGCGGUGCUGGACGAUCUGUUCAUCGACAUGCAGAAUGCAAUCUGCAACGAAAACAUCGUGGCGGACCCGCUGAACCGGCUGAAGGAGCUGAUCGAAACGCGCGUGGACAAUACGCACCCGAUCUGUUUGCUGAUCGUGGAGCACCGGAUCUUCCUGACGGCCUUCACGCCGGACAAGUACUUUGCGCGCGAGAUCUCGAAGGUGUCGUUUCUGGCCCCGUUCCUGUCGCUGUCCGUGAUGCUGGACGAGAAUCCCAAGUUUGCCAGCCACCACUUUUCCGACAACGUGUGCGAUCGUACGCUCGCCAGCUCGUUUCACGCGAUCCUGAGCAACACGCGCAAGGUGCUGCAUUCUAUCUUUCUGGUGCUGCUUUCGAAUCAGUACAGUCGGUACGAGAUGCUGAACUACAUCGCGGCCAUUCUCAAAUCGAACGCCAAACGCAUCCAGUACAAUGCCGACGAUCGCUUCCUGGCCAAGGACGGGUUCAUGCUCAACUUCAUGUCCGUGCUGCAGCUGCUGUCGGUCAAGAUCAAUCUAUCGCGCAUCGAUCCGCUCUAUCCGCACCAUCCGGAAAGCUUGGUCGAGAUCGAGGACGAGACGAAGCUAAAGUUCUCCUCGCAAGAGUACGCCGACUGGCUGGGCACGCUGAAGGACGUGAAGGACUGGGAGCAGCACAAGUUUGUCACGCACUGCUGGUUCCUGACGCUGCACGCGCACCAUCUCGGCAUCAUCCCGGCGAUCCAGCGCUACAACAAGCUGCUCCGGGCGACGAAGGAGCUGCAGCGCAUGGUGGACGAGCUGAACGCGACCAAGACGCAGUGGGAAAACACGCCGCUCGCUCGCCGCAACAAGCAGAUACGCGACCGGUGCGUCAGCCAGAUGAACAAGCUGUCGAAGGCGAAGCUGAGCUGCGACAUUGCCAUCAUCGACCCGAAUGUGCUGAGCGCUUGCAUGCAGUUCUACUCGACCGUGUGCGAGUACAUGCUGUACCAGAUCGAGAAUCGGCCGAUCGAUGGACCGUUCACGAACCAGCAGCACCCGUCGACGCUGGUGGCGAGCGAAAACUUUUGCGCCCUGCCCGAAUGGUACAUCGAGGAUAUUGCUGAUUUUAUACUCUUCUGUAUGCAACACAGCUCCAGCGUGAUCGAUUAUGUGGAUAAUUCCAUCAUCACCUGGAUCCUGACGCUGGUAUGUGCACCGCAUCUGAUCAAGAAUCCCUACAUCACUGCCAAACUGAUCGAGGUCCUGUUCGUAACGUCUCCAACCAUCCAGACCACCUCGCAACGGCUAUAUCUGCAGAUUAUCAAUCACGAACUUGCUCAGACUGCGUUAGUAAGUGCACUUAUGAAGUUUUAUACUGAUAUCGAAACGACGGGACAAAGUACUGAGUUUUAUGACAAAUUUACGAUAAGAUAUCAUAUAAGUCAUCUGUUUAAGGGUCUCUGGGAAAGCGCACUGCAUCGACAGGCGUUUGUAAACGAAUCAAAGAGUGGCAAGCAGUUUGUAAAGUUUGUAAACUUUUUCCUCAACGACACCACCUACCUGCUGGACGAGUGUUUGGAGUAUCUGAAGCGCAUCCACGAGACGCAGGUGCUGAUGAUGGACGAUUCGGGCUGGAAUGCGCUGACGCAGGAGGCGCAGCAGAGCCGCCAGCGGCAGCUGGUGCAGGACGAGCGCCAGUGCCGGUCGUACCUGACGCUGGCACGCGAAACCGUCGACAUGUUCCACUACAUGACGAUCGACAUUAAGGAGCCGUUCCUGCGCCCCGAGCUGAUCGAUCGGCUGAGCUCGAUGCUCAACUACAACAUGCACCAGCUGUGCGGCCCGAAGUGUAACGAUCUGCGCGUCCGCCACCCGCACAAGUACGGCUGGGAGCCGAGGCGCCUGCUGGGCCAGCUGGUCGAUAUCUAUCUGCACCUGAGCUGUGAUGAGUUUGCCAACGCACUGGCCGCCGACGAGCGCUCGUUCGAGAAGCAGUUCUUCGAGGAUGCCGCGAAUCGCGUGGAGCGGAUCGGCAUCCGCUCGCACCGCGAUGUGGACGAGUUCCGCAAGCUGAUCCACAAGGCGGCGGAGAUCUACGUGAAGAAUCAGGAGAACGCGGACGAGUUUGCGGAGGCACCGGACGAUUUCAAGGACCCGCUGAUGGACACACUGAUGACGGAUCCGGUCAUCCUGCCGUCCGGCACCAUCAUGGACCGGGCGAUCAUCACGCGGCAUCUGCUGAACAGCAGCACCGAUCCGUUCAACCGUCAGCCCCUUACGGAAGAUAUGCUAAAACCGGCCACCGAACUGAAGGAACGCAUCCAGCAGUGGAUCAAAGAAUAUCGAGCUCAGAAGAAGUCCAGCUAAAUUCGCUUCUAUUCCUCCUUGGAUAAUCGUGGGCAAGUCUCCUUGCAAUCUUCUUCUUCUUCUACUUCUUCCCCUUUCCGUGUAGUGUCGCCUACUCUGUCUGCCUAAAAAGCCGCCAACGACGAUAGAUUUUUUGGAAAAUUGGUGUAAUGGAAACAAACAAAAAAAAACAAAACAAAACCCCAGCAAGGAAAAAUUAACCUAUUUUGCUGAUGCAAAGAUUCUCAAUCGCUAAUGUUGAUGUAUUGCGUGCGUGAUUAAAGGAAAUUUAAAUCAAAAA